GAGGAUGCGAGAAUGCCAACAAACAAGAGUCAACCCGCAAGUGGGUAGGAAAAAAGGACGACAACAUCCGAAAGGCCGAACAAAAUGAGCGGCAGCAGCGACGGCGUGACUCGUUUUUCCAUUUCAGUGUCACGCUCACGAAUUCCCUAUUUUUUCCCUCCGGGGCUUCGGGUAUAAUUUCCACCCUCUCACCUCGGCUCAUAUUUACUAGUCGCAUCGAAUGUGGUAUGAAGGUAUAGAAGUUGGGCAUGAAGCCCCAGCAUGUUUUUCACGGUUUUUCACUGUCCGAAAGGUGGAGUCGUCUAGUCGUGUGGGAGGUGAAAAUUUUCCAAUAUCUCGGAAGACGUAGCGCCAGGAUAGGUGUGUUUCCAGUUAGUUUGCCUGAUAAUUUAUGUUAGAAAUCUUACUAACGUGAUACAAUCGUCGUAUAUCAACGCAUCGAAAUCGUAACAGUGAGUGUUUAAGCGGCCUUAGAAUUUUUUCUACCAAAAACAAGAAAACCAUUUUGCUCAGCGCCCCUUCAUCAAGCAACAAAUGUGGAAGUGAAAAAUUGAAAUCCUGUUCCUAAACGUCGUCGUCGUCCUCGAAAACAACCCACCACAGAAGUAAAAAAAAAAAACACGAAACAGGAUGUGGUUCCUAACAAAGAAGGACUGCAAAAGUCUGGCCCGGAAGGUGCGUUUUGCUCCCCGGAAGCGCUUCUAUCUGCUGACGGUGCUGGUCGUGAUCGUGGUGCUGGUGCUGAUCUACGGCAGCAUCACCUCGUCCUACUACUGUCUCGAUGCCGGCGUCGAGUGGAAAGUUAAGAAAUUUUGCCAACGUCAUCAUCAGCAGAGCACUGGACGGAUGUGUUCAGACUUUUGUCGAAAGUUUUGGGAUUUCCGCUGUCCGGAUCCACCGUUGGAAAUCCAUCACCCCAAUCGCUUCCAGGCAAAGCGAGCUGAUACAACGUUGACGUUGAUUCAAGCGGUUCCCAACGAAAACUACGAGAAGCUGUUCUGGGUGGACAGUUUCUAUCACAAGGAACAUUAUCCUUCGGCCAGCGAAUACGAAAGCAUCGUCAGCCGGUACAUCCAGAAUAAGUACAGCAUCAGCGUGACACCGGAGCGAAUGCAAUCCCUCCUGAGGCUGACCGCGGCCAAAGAGGACGAAGUUAUGCUCCAGAAAAGUAUGCGGCACAGCUGGAAUCUGAUCCAGAAUCACGAAUACAUGAUGAUGAGUCUGUUCAACGAAAACGAACUGUUCCCAUACGCCGGAGAUAAUUGUGCGGAAAUGUUUGCCUCCGAAUACCUUAAUGCUAUCGAUUUCGACGACGAUCGUUUUUACUAUUCCAAUCACAUUCCGUUGGACCGCUGGCGGUACCAUAUCAAGGUGGCAGUACUAGUACUCGACUAUGUCACGGAGCUGGAUCAACACGAAAUUCAGAUGUGUCACGUCGAUCUGACGCGGUUUGGGAUCAACAACAAUCGGUUGAAGUACGAUGAUUUGCGGUUCGUGUAUCCAGCUUACACAAUCAACCGGAAGCUGUCCAGCGGAAGUUACUGCAGCCGGGACGAGCACUGCAGCUUUAUGUACUGCAAGUCGGAGUGUAACAUGAAGACGAGGCGCUGCGAGUCCCGGGUUAUGAACAACAAUGUGCAGAUUGUUUGUGAGAAGAUCCUUCUGGGUACCACCCGCUAUCCCGGAAUCCUGGUAACGCAGAAAACGCCGGACCGGCUUCAGAUGCUCCUGGAACGCUGUGCCAAUCCGACGACCGAACGGGACGUGUCCCGCACUAAUCCUCUGGGCGCCUCCGAGGAACUGAAGAAGAAGCUGUACAACGAACUGACCAGUAUUUACGAAAAGCUUGCCCUCAUUAAUGCACCGUGAGAAAUUGAACCCCAAAAAGGGGAUAUUGCACCAGCACGUGAUGUUUUGUGAUCGUAUUUUUCCUUCCUUUACCCUUGGCGUCUCAUUAUCAUCAUCGGUGGAUGUGAUUGGUUGUUUGCAUGUGUGAAUUUGCUUCAUGGAAGCAAAUGAAAUUCAAACGUUCAAAAAAACCGUUGCAAGUAAGGCAAACAAAAAAUGUUGUAUUUUAGGCCGUAAGUGCAUAAAUUUCGUGCGUGAUUCGGUGUGCAGCAGGGAUGGUUUUGUUUUCGGAACCAUCCGCUCGAGGUCGUAUACUAUAAAAUAUGUUUUUCAAACGGUUAGGACGCGUAAUAGAUGUUCUAGGGAAGAACAACACGUGGCUCUUUAGGCAACACAUACUUAUCAAGUUCUUUUUCUUCAUACUAGAAGCUCAGGUAGCUACACAUAGUUAUUAUAAAAAUAUUUUUUCUCUCACAUAACAUACUAAGCGUAGGGUGGAAAAAUUUUUGCAAGUUUGAUUUACAAAAAUGAAACGUUUUGAUUUGAAUGGAAACUUUUGCUCUUCGAUCAGGCAACGUUGUGAAAGUCGGUGCUUUAAUUCGGCUAAGUUGUUUAGAUAAUUAGGUGUCUUUUGGGCGGUUUUUAGCAUUCAUAAUGCGCCCGACUAGAUGGAUUGUCAAUCAAUGUCAGCAAAAGUUCAACGGCAUCUCUUUCAGUGACUCAAAGUUCGAUACAGAAAACUUGUAGUGCUCUGCACUAGAUGGUGCUAGUGUUGUGCAUGGAAAGUUCAAUAUCAAACGAGACGUUUCUUUUUGAGAUGUCCGUCUGUGGUCCAGUUUCGUGAUAAAAUGAUUGUGCAUCUUUUAGAUUGUUAGCCAUGCGGAAAAUUUAAUGUUCGUCCAGUGUAUGUGGAUCGAAAAGAGAGAUCGAUAGACAGUGAAAGAGAAUUGCGUGCUCCAAGCUUUAAAAAGGUAUUUUGAUUAGGUUUUUGUUCGUUAAAACACAACUUUUAAGACACAUGCAUGUAAUUUUACUAAACCAGUCAACAGAAGCACAUUCCAGUUACAGCAACGACAAAUGAAUACAAUAAAACCUUAAAUACAAUCACGACACAAAAUAAAAGGCAACAAUCUUCUUCAGUAUUCCAGUUAGUUUUAGAAACACACAUUUUUAGUAAAUCCUUUUUGGUACGGAAUGAAAAAAUAAAAAAUAAAAUGACAAAUAAUGGGCAUUUUCUUUUUCAAGUGAAUAGAACAGUUAAAAUUCAAAGAGGAAUGAAGUUUAAUCGCUAUCAAGUCUCAACAGCUUAAGAAUAAUCAUACGACACUUCGCAAAGUUUUGCCAAUAAACCGGACAUCUGAAGCAAUGAGUUAAGUCCAU